UUUCUUUGAAGUAAUGUGGCUGUAUGCAAUUAACUUAGUUUGCUCGAUACAGAGCUCAAACAACUAUCAUUUGGUGUGUUGUGCGAUUACGUUUCGUUGUGAUAAGUAUUUGGGCACUUUAUCUCAACUUUGAUACGCUUUUUAGAGGACUAUUCAUCACGGUAUAAGUAUUUGGAAUUCCUCCCCCCGUGAGAUCUGAGUACUUUUCUGUGUGGUUGGAUGAAGCAAUGUAGCCUAUUUUACCCACUAAAGAUAGAAGAGCGAUAUGGAAUUAGGUAGUUGCACAUUUAUAUUAUUUCUGGUGCAGAAUAUAAUGUAGGCUAAUGAGGAUCUCGAUUCGGCCGAUUUGUGGAUUGAGGUGAUUUAUUCGCUUUCGCCGCAAAGCAAGUGUUACAACUUCGAAAGGUGAUAUUGUUACAGCUUCUGAUCGGAGAAUACAGUGUAGUGUUUAGCAGCCAUCGGUUGUUGGCUCUGCUUCCAUGUCUAUAGCCUGUUUCUCGUGGACCGUAGCUUGCUUCUCGGAGGCCUUUAACAAUGUUUUUACCAAUUUGUGGUUCAUGAUGUUGGUAGAACAGAAAUCAGAGAACCCGCUUAUCAUUUUUUACCUUGGUUAGCCUACUUCAAAAGGCAAGUUCAGUUCAAAAUCAACGCUCUCCAUCACGUUUUCAAAACAUGUCCUGUAGCCUAGUUUAGUAACGUUAGUCUGUUUCUUGGAUAUGUUUAGGGUUGUGUAAUCUAUUCCAUUUGGACCGUUUGGCUGUUUUGUGACGCGUAUGAUGAGAAAAUAGUGAGCGGAAAGUGGCGUCACGCCUCGUUGUGGGUUGGUGUCUGUUGGUCGGUGGUGCACUGGACAUGUGCUGCGGCGUGUUCAGGAUCAGAUUGGGCUUGAUGGCCAGCUAAUUGUUGAGGUGUUCACGAGAACACCGGCUCACAGAUAUCGAUCUUCGGUAUGCUAUUGUGUACAAAUGUCUCUUUUGCACUUUUCUUGUAUUCCAUCUCGGCUACUUGAUAUUUCCGCACAGAACAUGUUUCUGUGGUCUUGGAUUUAUAAUUUUCCUAUGUAGUUAAUAAAGUGGAGCGAGAUGAUGGGAACAUCAUCUGUUUUAUGGGUUUAUGCUAAACCGUGUGAUGUUAAUGAUCACUUUCAACACCAACAUUAGCUAAGGAAGAGAGAAGACUGGCAGAGAAGCUCCCCGGCUGACUAUCGAGAGUGAGGAGAUUGUUGUAGCGCUCAGAGGCGAACAACGCACAGGAUCUCUGUUGUUGCUGCCUUCGGAGCCAUGAGCAGAGCGCUUAUAUCGGACCAUAUCGCCAAUAGCUUCCGAGAAGAUGCUCCCCGUCCCCCGGUCCCGGGGGAGGAGGGCGAGGUGCUGCCGUGCUACCCCGGCAAACUCGCCAUGAUGAGACCCCAGGGUACCGCUGUCAAAGCGCUUUUGCUCGCGCCUCCCGGUUACAUUGCGAAGAGGAACGAGGAUGGACUUGGGGAACCCGAGGGGAGCGCGUCACCGGAUUCGCCGCUAGCCCGGUGGACCAAGUCGUUGCAUUCUCUUCUUGGGGACCAAGACGGUGCUCAUCUUUUUAGGACAUUCCUGGAGCGCGAGAAAUGCGUCGACACUUUAGACUUUUGGUUCGCCUGUAAUGGUUUCAGGCAGAUGGACCUCAAGGAUACCAAAACGCUGCGAGUCGCCAAAGCUAUUUACAAGCGCUAUAUUGACACCAGCAGCAUAGUUGCCAAGCAGCUCAAGCCUGCGACCAAAACCUUCAUUCGGGAUAAUAUCAAGAAGCAACAGAUUGAUUCGGCUAUGUUCGACCAGGCACAGACUGAGAUCCAGACCAGCAUGGAGGAGAGCCCCUACCAGAUGUUCUUGACCUCGGACAUUUACCUCGAGUAUGUGAGGAGCGGGGGCGAGAACCCUGCUCAUGUGAACCCUAACGGGCUAGGUAGCCUGAAGCUGGUGUGUGGGUACCUGCCCACCCUGAAUGAGGAAGAGGAGUGGAGUUGUAAUGAUUUCAAAGCCAAAGCGCUGGCUUCUGUGGUUGGACUUUCUGCCCAGGCGCUGAGGGCAACAGUGUCUAUGAGGACGGUGGAGGUGAUGGAGAAGGGGUACAGGUCCCACAGGCGAGGGGACCCGGUCAACCCGUACCAUGUGGGCUCAUUUGCCCCAGCCACCAGCACCAACGACAGCGAGGUGUCCAGCGACGCCACGACAGACGACUCCAUGUCCAUGACCGACAGCAGUGUAGAAGGCAUCCCUCCCUACAAGCUGGGCUCCAAGAAGCACAUGCAGAGAGAGAUGCAGCGCAACAUGAGGAUGAACAGCCAAGUCUCCCUACCUGCCUUCCCUCGGACACAGAGAUGUCCUAAGGAGAUGACUCCGGUAGAGCCGGCAGCGUUUGCGUCUCAGCUCAUCUCUCGUCUGGAGCGUCUGAAAAGAGAACAGGAGACCAUGAGUUCCCUGGAGGAGAGGCUGCAUCAGAUGCAAGAGGAGGAGGAGAGGGACGAGGCUGAGGUGCCCGGCAGUAGUGCCCCCCUGCUCUCCCCCCACCCCCUGUCCCUCCAGCCCACCGGCUCCAACGACGAGGACCCCCAGGCCAUUCUGGACGACCACCUGUCCCGUGUCCUAAAGACCCCUGGCUGCCAGUCCCCCUCCACCGUGGCCCGCCAUUCACCCCGCUCCCGCUCUCCAGAGCACAGGACUCUUUCCCGGGGAGGCCCCGGUCUCAAGCCCCUGGUCUCACCUGGGGCCUCCAGCCCCAGUGGCUCCUCCAGCUUAGGGGGCUUCUCAGUAGGUUUCACCCCAGGAAGGGCCCUCUCCCUGGGCAGGCCCAGCAGCAGCACCAAGCACAUCCACCACCACUACAUCCACCACCACGCCGGUUCCAAGAGCAAGGAGCAGAUGGAGAGAGAGGCAGCCCAGAGGGUGUUGUGUCUGUGUCCGGUGCGGUCUGGAGGGGCGGAGGGGGGUCCCCCUUACCCACGCAGUCGCAGCCUGGGCAGGGAGAUGGUGUCCUGUGGCAGCAGUCCCGCAGAGUCCAAUAUGGGCCGCUCCGGUUCCCUUUCCCGAGGGGGUUGUCGGUCGGGGGCUGAGGAGGGGGCAGCAGAGGGGGGUGAGGUCGUGCCCCUCCAGCGACCCAGCGACAGCACAGACCGCUCCCAGAACGUGUGGCAGUGGAUCCUGGAGAGUGACCGGCAGGGCAAGCACCACAAACCCCACAGUACCCAGAGCACUAAGAAGGCGUAUGGCGGUGGAGCGGCGUCCAACCAGACACACACGUGGGGCGGCGGAGGUGCCAGCGCCCAUCUCCGUGCCCACCAGCCCGCCCAUCCCUUCAUCCAGGACCCGGCCAUGCCCCCCCUGCCCCCGCCCAACACCCUGUCCCAGCUGGAGGAGGCCUGUCGCAGACUAGAGGAGGCCUCCGUCUCCAAACCCCCCAAACAGAGACACUCUACAUCCAGCCUCCAGAGAGAGAAGUGCCACCCUAUGCCUGUCCAGAGUGGGCCCUGUCCAGUGCCGUCCCCCCUCACCCCCAGUCCCGGCUCCGGUCCUGCUGCUUCCCUCCAAACAGAAGAACUGAGAGACACCAACAGGGUGCUGCAGGUGACGACAGGCUGCCAUGUUGCUCCAGCCAUGGGGAGUGAGACAGAGGUAACCUACUUCUUCUGUGGUGAGGAGAUCCCCUACCGUAGGCGGAUGAAGACACACAGCCUCACACUGGGACACUUUAAAGAACAGCUCCGCAAGAAGGGACACUACAGGUACUACUUCAAGAGGGCCAGUGAUGAGUUUAAGUGUGGAGCUGUGUUCGAGGAGGUGUUGGAUGACAGCUCUGUUCUGCCCAGGUACCAGGGGAAGAUCCUGGGCAAGGUGGAGAGGAUGGACUGAUGCCCCUCCAGAAGUACCAGAGGAAUGUAUAACAGAAACUCUCCAUGGACACCACCCCCCUGUUCCACCAGACAGUCUUAUAGCUAAGGACUGAGGACUGGAGAUUCUGUUGAAGAAGCUUGGCCAAUGAAGGAUGGAGAGUGGAGUCGAGGGGUAGUGGAGUCGAGGGGUAGUGGAGUCGAGGGGUAGUGGAGUCGAGGAGUAGUGGAGUAGAGGAGUAGCCAUCAACAGUUGACUUUACAGGACUAUUUAACAACAUCUCGUCUUGGAGAUGAGAGGAGAAAAUGGUGGACUGUGGGUUGGGUUUGGAUACGGGUGUUGGAUUCCAGAAACUAUACGUGAAUUGAAUGACCACUGUCUGAGGGAGUAGGCGGGGACCUCUGAUACCUGAGAGACUGCUAGAGGUGAAAGGUUGAGAGGUGAAAGUUGGGACUGGUGCCCUAUCUGAGCCUGCCUCUACCAACAACCCUAGAUGUAUAUGCAGAUAGACAUAUAAUGAUUUUUUUGAUAAAUGUAAAGAGUUUAUAAAUAAUUUAUUGAAAUGUCACUCCUCUCCCCAUAGUCCUGUGGAUGGACAAGCUGCUUGGAGAAUUGGGAGAUGUCAUCUCCAAUAUUUCAAAUGCAAAGUAUUUAGUUUUCCACCCUCCACUUUCCUGCCUUGUCAACUAAUCCUGUGGCAGUGUUUUCUGUUCUGAUCAGUGACUUCCUGCCCUAACUUCACAGUGUGGUAUAGCGCAGGUACCACAGCCCUGUAGUCUCAUCUCUCAGUGCCUUUGUUUUGUUGCCCAGGCUUUGCACAGGGAACGAGCCCACACUUAGGACAACACUACCCCCGAACUGGCCCUAAACUGGCCCAGAGCACCAAACUACCCCCGAACUGGCCCUAAACUGGCCCAGAGCACCAAACUACCCCCGAACUGGCCCUAAACUGGCCCAGAGCACCAAACUACCCCAAAUUGCAGAAACAUGCUAACACAGAUUUACACCUGUUAAAGACAAGUCCACCAAAUGAAUCUAUACCAGCCAAGCUCAACAGUUGUUUUGUGUAUAGCCACCCCUCAUUCCUUGAUGUCCAGGCUUGUGAGCAGAACGACAGAUCUAGUGGUGUAUUCAUUAGGCCGAAAGGAAGGAAACUGACAAACGGGGAGGGACUACCUUUCCUGGAUCUGUCCAAUAAGAAACGCACAUUGUCAUUUUGUUUAGCAAAACCAGUUCUGAUACGUGUCCUAAUGAGUAUGUCUGCCUUUGGGAGACUAGGCCCCCCCCCCCCCCCAAUUUUUUUUGGGCCGCCCACAAAUGUUAGUGGUACUUACACCUCUGAUUGUGUUGAAUUGACCAGUCUCUCCUGUGUGUCUUGUUGACCCUUGACACAGGAAGAGGUUAUGAUGCUAACACACACUACGAUGCUGCGUCUCAAAUGGAACCCUAUUCCCUAUGACCAGGGCAAGAGUAGUGCACUCCAUAGGGAAUAGGGUGGCGUUUGAGAGGAAGCCGUAGUGUUUAACUGAGUACAGUAGCUGUGCCUACAUGGGUCCCUUUACCAUGUUACUACCCUGUUAUCGGGGUAUUAUACUCCCUUGGUUUUCACAAGGGGCUUAUGUUCAAAAGAGAUUUUAUUACUAUGCCUUUUUACCAUCUCCUUGUAAUCACGUUUGUUUUCUAUUUUUCAUGGCUUUUUUGUUUUAGUUCCACUUGUAUUAAAACUGUAAAUGAUGCAUUCUAUUCUGUAGAGCUCCAUUGGAAAGAUGCCUCGGUACUUUAAUUAAUGUCAUUAUUAUUAUAAAGAGAUGUAGCCUUUAUUAAAAUGUUAUAUUUUUCAAAUGAAA